CAGGCAGAGCUGAGCCCACGUGUGACGCGCGCAUUCCCGGCUCAGUGCGAUUCGCUUUAGCGGCGCUCCGGGCUCCGUUCGCUCUGACUGCGCGCCUUUUAGUUUGCUGCCUGUUUUUAGUUGGGUUAGCGAUGGAGGGAGACGGGAGCCAAGCCACGUCCGGGAGUCCGACCGAUUCGCAACACGACCCAGGUAAAAUGUUUAUCGGUGGCCUCAGCUGGCAAACUUCACCAGACAGCCUUAGAGACUAUUUUAGUAAAUUUGGAGAAAUCCGAGAAUGUAUGGUGAUGAGGGAUCCCACCACCAAGCGCUCCAGGGGAUUUGGGUUUGUUACGUUUGCAGAUGCGGCCAGUGUAGAUAAAGUUUUAGGUCAACCUCACCAUGAAUUAGACUCAAAGACGAUUGACCCUAAAGUUGCCUUCCCGAGACGUGCUCAACCCAAGAUGGUCACAAGAACAAAGAAAAUAUUUGUAGGCGGAUUAUCAGCUAACACAGUAGUCGAAGAUGUGAAGCAGUAUUUCGAACAGUUUGGCAAGGUAGAGGACGCCAUGCUUAUGUUUGAUAAAACCACAAAUAGGCAUAGAGGAUUUGGCUUUGUAACUUUCGAGAAUGAGGAUGUGGUGGAGAAAGUCUGUGAGAUUCAUUUUCAUGAAAUCAAUAAUAAAAUGGUAGAAUGUAAGAAGGCUCAACCCAAGGAGGUGAUGUUUCCCCCAGGGACGCGAGGGCGAGCCAGGGGUCUACCCUACACCAUGGAUGCCUUCAUGCUAGGAAUGGGAAUGCUGAGUUACCCAAACAUUGUAGCGACGUAUGGCCGUGGAUACACUGGCUUCGCCCCGAGCUACAGCUACCAAUUCCCUGGCUUUCCCGCGGCAGCGUACGGUCCGAUGGCAGCGGCAGCAGUGGCAGCAGCGCGUGGUUCAGGUAGGGGGGCCCGUGGAAGAGGCGGCUACGCAGCAUAUCCGCACAGCACAGGGCCAGGCUUCCCCGAUUACGGUUUCUAUUCCACGACAAGUGACCAACGGGGGCCCCCCUUCUCCUUUGCGGACUAUGGCUCCCUAGGCCCGCAGGCGGCUCAGCUGCUUCAAAGCGAGCAUGCCACCUCGGCCUGCAACUCCCCCCUGCAGCACCUGCCCAGCCCGGAUCAGUAUAAGAGCCCAGGCACCAACCCUCCGCGGCCUGGAACUUUUCCUGGAGCGAGCAGUCCAGGACCCGUGGCUGACCUGUAUGGCCCCACCAGCCAGGACUCCGGCGUGGGCAAUUACAUAAGCGCUGCUAGCCCUCAACCUGGCUCCGGCUUUGGCCACGGUAUUGCUGGUCCUUUGAUUGCGACAGCUUUUACAAACGGAUACCAUUGAAACCUAACCGGUGUUUGGUUGCCAUCUCAAUUGAGCAGAGUUUAUCGGGAGGUCCGGGGAAGACAGGCCGCAGUUUCUAACUGGUUUUGUGUACAGGUAACGGCCAUACAACUCCAAGCACUACAGCGUGGAACAGACAAGGACGAGCUGAGAUGGCAGGAUCUGGAGAACAAAAGAAAUGUCUGAAUCAUCUCAGAAAAAAAAACAACAUUAAUCUGCUGUACUAUAAUGAAAACCUGGCUUUUGGAUUUUUUUCUCCUAAUGUAUCCCCAUAAUCUAGGAUGAUGUUGUCGUUUUGUCCUUUUUCACUUCUUUUCCCUGUUUCAUUGAAAUUGUUUCGUUAACAUCUUUAAUCAUAUAGUCUGAAGCAGCCUCUGAGGUUGACUAGUUUUGAAAUAUUUUCAUUAUAUACUAUGUUCUCUGAUGAGAAGAACUAUGUAAAUGUACAUUUUCUCUCUUUUUUUAGUGUAAUGACAUCACUAUAGUUGUCUCUUCACUCUUGGCUCUUUGUAAUAAUACCCGAUGUUUCAUGUUUUCAGAUUUCAUUUCAUUCAAGCAAGAACACUGAAGGACUUGCUUCAAAAAUCAUGAUUUUUCAACCUUUAAAAGAGCAAUGAGAGGGUAACUAACAAAUCUAAGUAGCUCUGUUCUUCGUUUCGUGUGAUGUCUUGUUAUCAUUAUUAUCUAUUUUGGGCAAUAAGAGGACUACAAUAUUUUCACAGUCCUUUUUUAUAAAUGUUUUUUGUUGUUGUCGUUGUCGAUAAAAGAAAAAAUACAUUUCCUUUUAAUACUUUGUGAAAUGAGAUUUAAAAAGAAAAAAGUUAUGAAAUCUGUAAAUAUUACUCAUUACUACAUCGAACCAUCUCAGAGAGAACCAUAUUUUUGUGAUGGUGUCCUAGAGGUCGUACUGUGCUCAAUCUGAAAUAUGUUUAAAAAAAAAAAAAGAAAGAAAGAAAAAAGCUCUUUCAGGCUCGGUGCAGUAACUGAAAUCCAUUUGUAGCACAAAAGCCGUGAGAACCCGACUGCAGACACAAGCCCAAUAAAACACUGUUAGCUCGCUCUGUAAAUACUGUUGGCUUUCUAACUGUGCAGGUAGCAAACCAGCAUAUUGACUAGAUUGUGAGAUCAGAUGUGCACAGCUUUCACAGAGAAACUACUUUACAGCAUACACACAAAUCAGCAUUGUAUAAACAAAAUCGAACUGAAAUCCAAAGCACAUGUUUGUUUCAUGUUUUUUAAGUAUCAGUGAUGAAAUUAGAGAUUUUGUAAGAAGUAAACAGUUUUUUUUCCUUCUCACUUUUUUUGGUUUUAAUUUAUUUUUUCCCGUAGUCCUAAAAAAUAGUACACAGAACGCCUGAUUUCGGAAACAAAAAGGCAAUAUUUCAAGAUUUUUAGUCAUUUCUGACUUACCGUGAUCAAUUAGGAACUGUUUUUGCACCAUUACCUCAGUCCUGUGGGAUGUACUUUAGAGGACGUAACAAAUUAAUUUAUUUUAUCGUGAGACAAAAUAAAAAAAAAAGAUUGUCUUGAAAUUAAAAAGAAUCAUUGCACUGUGAGAAAGAAUUUAUUAUUUUCUAUUUGCACAUGUUAAAGGAUGUUCUCUACCGUGGGUCAUAUGAAGGAUUCGUAUGGAAACGUUGUCCCUGCACGGUCGCAGUCUUCAUGGCUGUGUUUGUGGAAUAAUCAUUAUUCCGGGCAUUUUAUUUUUGUGCUUCUGAUCUGCCAACGUUACAGCUAAGUUUAUUGGUAGCAAUAGUUGAAAUCCUCCGAUACACUGAAACUGAAUGAAAUCAGUAGCUGCUACACAUAUAUGACGUACAUGUUGGAUCUGAAGAGAUCGAAAUGAUGCUAAAAUAUAUGCUGAGUGAAAUAAGAGUGAUAUUUAAGAGUGUAAACUGACUGAUAUAUGCUGUUGUUCAUCCUUGCUGAAGAUGUGUUUUAUUUUCAUUUUUCUCCCUUUUUUCACAAUUUUACUGAACUAACACGUGAUUCGAAAUGCUGAAUCCUUUUUUUGUACAUCUCGGGAAAAAAAGGAAUAAGUAAGCGCAGCGCAGAAAGACGGCUUCCUGCUAACUGUUCAGACUGUUUCAAAAGACAAAACUACUCAAAACAGCGCGAUCCCCAACACAGUUUGAAUAUCAACGGGGGAUUUUUAUUGCUAUUUUUGUGGAAGUGAAUGACUAUGUUAAAUAUGUUGCUGACUAUAUUACGGUUACUAUGUACUGUAUUUAUCAUUUGAUGAUCUCUCCAUUCCCUGUCGCAUCAUCCAGUAAUCUUAUGUUGAUCAUUGUAUUUCAGUAAUGUGUAAAAAAAAAAAAAAAAAAAAAAAAAAAACGGGAAAAAAAAAAAGAAAUUACCUUGUAAAAGAGUGCUGUCUUUGAUGCCAGUGUAGUGGUCUGUACAUUUCUCUGUUGAUCCGUUUCACUCCUCUCUCCCCGUUUUUUGCCCCGCCUUUGUCUUCUUGCUCUUUCGCUAUAUCUCUGUCUCACUCUCUCUUAGUGAAUAGUCAUAGAUGUUAUGUAAUCAACGUUACAGUAGAGCUGUAGUGAUUAGUAGAUUUAGGACCAGUAAGGAUAGAACUUUCUCUUGAUAAUCAUUUAAACAAACAAACAAAAAAAAUGCUGAACAUUGUUUUCAUGGCGUUUCACCUUUACUUUGUCUUUCUUUGUGUUCAUUGGGUUGUUUUUUUUUUCUGAUUCUCACAUGGUUUCAACUAACCAAAGCUCUCAUGAUGAAAUCCAGAAAAAAGAAAUUGGUGUAAGACAGAGUUGUAAACAAGGCAUUAAUUGGAUCCCCACCCUUGAAUGUUUGAAAAGGGGUGUGCCAUACUACCUUAAAUGCUAACGCUUGAUAUGCAAAACUGUUUUGUUUUCUUUCUUUUUUUAAGAGGGACGCAAUUUAUAAUUAUGGAAAGGAUUUUAUUACAUGAAUGGAAAAAAAAUCAUAUUUUUUUAGUACAUUCUACCUGAGUAAUGAUGAUCUAGCCUAAUAAUUAUAGAUACGGAUAAAACUGUAAUAGGUUUUGAUAUUUAUACUCUUCAAAAAGUCCACUACUAUUUUUAAAUACUUUUUUGUGUCUAUGUGUCUGCAUAGAUUCAUAUAUAUUUUAGGUUUCGGUCAUCUUAAACGUUAUUUUUGUACGCUGUAACCUUAGUGCCAGUUCUUCAUGUUAAUCAAAGCUAAGGCUUAAUCACAGCAACAAAAAAACUAAUUAUUGGAAUCUUAAAUACUCAUAUAGCAUAUGAAACAAAACAGUUAGACUAGCAGCUGUUACUGUUAAUAACUAAACAGUUUUAUUAAGACAGGUUUGAUUAUUUAUUGCUAGCAGUCAUAGAAGAAUUCAGCGAAACUUACAAUGAAGUCUGAAAUAUUUUUUCUGAAUGAAAUCUGUUCUCAGGGAUUAUGAAUGUAAGCUAAUUCUAAUCUAACUCCUCUAUAUGUGAGAUUUAGCUCAUAAUUACUUGUGGAUUCUGUGUCUCUGAUACGUGCUGUCAGAUUUCAUUCAGACACAAACACUGAGCCAGUUUUCCUACAUGCUCUAGUACUGAGUUUAACCUGCUGUCGGUCAGAGAGAGGUUCUUCAAGGGGUCUUUGGAUUGUCAGAAGUUCUAGAUUCCUAAAGAACCCUAUCUGAUAGGGAAACACUGUUGUAGAGUUUUUUUUUUAAACAGAACCUUUAAGUGUUUUCUGAAAAGAAAAAAAAAAAAAAACUGUUUAUGGCCCUAGAUUUGACCUUUUACACACAUGGCAUUAAGGACUACAUAAAGUAUAUUUAUUAAUCUCUGUUGCUAUGUGAAGUUGUUGCAAAUUAUGACUUCAUUACAAACAUUUGUAUUGUUUCUAAUUUACAGUUGCCAUUAUUUUAUAAAAUAAGCAAAGCCUUUUGUGCUCACGAUUUGCAUUCAGAGCUUUCUCAAAUGAAAGAUUAUACUUUCACAGAAAAUGAUUAUAAACAGUAUAAGAUUAUGAGUUUUUCAAUCUUAUAAUCACGAUCUGGCUCUUGAUUAAAAUGAAGGCUGGCAACCCUUUCUGAUAGCCUUCUAUAAUGUCUCUCAGUCAGUUUCUUUCUUUCUUUCUUUAUAUAUAUUUUUUUCUUUUCUAAUUUGAUCUUGUAGCUUGGACUUUAAGGUAGCAUGGCUCUGUUGCCAUUAUUUUAUUUUUCCAUCGACAGCCGUUUACAGCAGAUGAAUGUUACACAUCUUGCUAGACUAGUUAAAUCAUUGGAUAAUUGUUGGUUUUGGAAAAAAAAAAAGGAAAAGAAAAAAAAAUGACCUGGAAGGUGUUGGGUGAUAUUCGAAAUGAACUACCGUAUCCAUUCAAAACUUGAAUUUUGAGGCAAGUGCUAGGCAAUGGCCAAAACGAUCAUCCCAUUAUUGAAGGAACAAACUACUCUGUCUACACACACACACACACACACGCUCUGUAAUGACAUACUGUAAUGACAUAUGUAUAUACUUGUAUACAGAUACAGGAUAUAUAUGUAUAGUGUAUAUAUCUCUUUGUUAAAUUGUUGAAGCUGCCUCAUAAUGCUUAUUAAUCAUUUGUAGUGACCCAGAAAACUUUUGGGUCAGUAGUCUACGCUGAAAUCAUGUUUGAAAGUCAUGUGUGAAAUCACGUGUUGUGGAAAAGCUGCAUUGUGCACUACUGGGACAGUUAGAAAGCCGGGAAACGUGUUAGUUUAGCUGUGUACGUGCCCCUUUAACUCUCUGGGGACACGGUACAGUUCACACGGCAGGUGUCACAGGGGAAUGGUCUUUAUUUCUGACGCUUCCUUCGGGAACUCGCUCUCCUGUUUUCCACCCCAGCUUUCGCCUCUCUGAUUGCCUUGUCCAUUCCUAACACUUGCCCAUUUUUUAACGGACUUUUUACCGCAUGAACUGACUGAACGGACUGACGUCUGAAAGCAUCUUUCAGGUCUUCUUCUAUGGCUUGCUUAAGCCCUGUUGUAAAAUAAACUAAAGUGGAUGGGGGUCUCUCACAUCUCAGAUGUGGAAAGUAUAAUUUUAUAUUUGUAUUUUCAAAUAAUUAUGAUAAUAAAAAAUGUUUGUGAAAGGUUUCCAUCCUCUACUGUGGUCCAGAAAUCAAUGUGUUUGUCUGGAGAAGAUUAAAAAAAUAAUAAUAAAGUAAACUGUUUUGAAACA